GGUUAAAGGCAAUAGAAGUUGAAAACACCCUCCUCGCUUUGCUCUGAGCCUUCCCCCUGUCUUCAACAUGGCUGGUGGCAUUACUGACACAGGAGAGCUUUACUCUCCCUACGUUGGUCUGGUGUACAUGUUCAACCUCAUCGUGGGGACAGGAGCCCUAACCAUGCCAAAGGCCUUUGCGACAGCAGGGUGGCUCGUCAGCCUCGUUCUCCUGAUGUUCCUGGGAUUUAUGAGCUAUAUGACUACAACCUUUGUGGUAGAAGCCAUGGCUGCUGCGAAUGCCCAGCUGCGAUGGAAGAGAAUGGAAAAACGCAAGGAGGAUGAUGAAGAUGAGGAUUCUUCCUCUGGAGUAUCUGACAGUGAUGUUCUCCUCCAUGAUGGCUAUGAGCGAGCAGAGACACGGCCUAUCCUGUCAGUUCAGAGACGUGGUUCACCCAAUAUCUUUGAAAUCACUGAGAGGGUGGAAAUGGGCCAGAUGGCUUCUAUGUUCUUCAAUAAAGUGGGUGUCAACCUCUUCUAUUUCUGCAUAAUUAUCUACCUCUAUGGGGACCUGGCAAUCUAUGCAGCGGCUGUACCGGUCUCUCUCAUGCAAGUGACCUGCAGUGCCACUGGCAACCAUUCUUGCAGUGUUGGAGAUGGCACAAAGUAUAACGAUACGGACAAGUGCUGGGGGCCCAUUCGACGGAUUGAUGCUUACAGGCUGUAUCUGGCAGCAUUCACUCUCCUCCUGGGUCCUUUCACCUUCUUCAACGUGCAGAAGACCAAGUACCUUCAAAUCAUGACAUCCCUAAUGAGAUGGAUAGCUUUCAUCCUCAUGAUUAUUCUGGCCCUCAUCCGCAUCAGCAGAGGCCAAGCUGAAGGUCACCCAUCCAUGGCCCAGCUGUCAGGCAUCCGCAAUCUCUUUGGGGUGUGCGUCUACUCCUUCAUGUGCCAGCACUCCCUGCCAUCCCUCAUCACCCCCAUCUCCAAGAAGAAGCAUGUCAACAAGCUCGUGCUGCUCGAUUACGUCCUGAUCCUGGCUUUCUACAGCCUCUUGUCCUUCACUGCCAUUUACUGCUUCCGCAAUGACACCCUCAUGGACAUGUACACGCUCAACUUCACCAACUGCGAGAUCAUCAACGUUGCCUUCAUUCGCUACUUCCUGGGCCUCUUCCCCGUCUUCACCAUCAGCACCAACUUCCCCAUCAUCGCAGUGACCCUGCGCAACAACUGGAAGACCCUUUUCCACAGAGAAGGGGGGACCUACCCUUGGGUGGUGGACAGGAUUGUCUUUCCUGCCAUCACGUUGAUUCCCCCGGUGCUGGUGGCUUUCUGCACCCAUGACCUGGAGUCCUUGGUGGGCAUCACGGGAGCCUACGCUGGGAAUGGGAUCCAGUACCUCAUCCCGGCUUUCCUGGCGUACUGCAGUCGGAAGGACACUCAGCUGGUCUUCGGCAGCGGGACGGUUAACAAGCACCUCUCCCCUUUCCGACACACCUUCUGGAUUGUGUUCGUGCUCAUAUGGGGCUUCUCUUGCUUUGUCUUUGUGACUGCAAACAUUGUCCUGAGCGAGUCAAAACUCUGAUGCGAGGGUGGCGGCAACGCUCCCUCCUGGGCUCCAGAGACUUGGGCAUUUCAACUCCCCCUUUGUGGAGGGGGGGAAGAGGCAGCAUGAAGGGAAUUUUUCCAGGCCAUGGGUUUAGUGGCAUGGGAUAGACCUGGAAAUGGACUUGCUUCACUCUGUUUUGGGUGUGGAUGGAGUGGUCUCAGACCCGCCGUACGCAGCCACGGGGCUGAGCCCUUGGCAGUCUGUGUGAUUAACCAGUGUCCAGCCAUUUCUGCCUUCAGCUCUGUUGGAGCAUCACUCUCUCUGUCCCUGCAGGGGCUCUCCGUGCUGCGGGUCUCAGCACACAGGAGAGCAGAUGGCCUUGGCUGCUCACCCCACUGAGCGGCUAAAUGUCCCAGGCAGGGACAUGCUAUCCAAAAUCCAGGGGGAGUUUGUGGGAAUUCAGUCUUUUCUUUCAGCUGAGACCCCUCCCAGCCAACCUCCUGUACCAGAUGAGGGAAGAAGUUGGGGUGGGAACAGCCCUAAUCGAGACAAAAAUAACUUUUGUGUUCUGUUACACUUUUUUUCUAGAGGCAUUAACCAGUUUUGUGCACCUUGGAUUGCUGGGAGCUGGGAUCUUUUGCUUAGAGCUGGAUUUCUCCAGUCCAGGAGUUUACAUUCACGCUUCUCACCCUGUUCCCCCAGCCACCCGGAGCCAUGUCCCUACGGACACAGGGAAGGAAACCCCAGCCUUGUGUCCCUUGCUCCUGCACGCAGCUGGCAGAGCCCUGCUCCCUCUUGCACCUUUGCCCGGUGUGGCCAGCCAGACCCUGACUCCGGUGGCCAGGACUGGUGUGUGCUGGGGAAGUGCUAAUUACCCAGUCCUGACACGCGUGAGGCCUGGGAGAGCUCUGGCUGUGCAGGCUGAUGGGUUUCCAGCCUCCUGCGCUGGGUAAUUAGCCUUGAAACAAGGUGGGUGUUAACUCCAGGGAAUGGGCUGGUGCCAGGAGGAGGUGGAGGUGCCCUGGCUCAGCCCUGCCCGCAGGAGCAGAGCUCCCAGGUGCUACAGGAGAGCAAAUACUGAGACCCUGCCGAAUUCCCCCCUCUUCUCUUCCCCUACAGAAGGUGGGCUCUGGGCUGGUCCAGUGGAGCUUAUCUGAGAGUUGGGCUGCCUCUCACCUUGGGCAGCCAGUGCUGAGGGUGACUCCCCACUUCUGGUGGCCGCUGUAAUGUCACGCAGAGACCAACAGCACCGGGUCCUGUGCUCUGAGGCCCCUGGGCAAAGAUCCUACAGGUUUUUUCUAACAAAAGGAAGAACUUUUAAAAGUUCUAACCUGAACUAUUUAACCCUCUCUUAUUUAAGCAGGUUCAAAGCCAGGUGCAUGUCACUUAACAUUAGAUCCUCUUGCCCUCUGCACUUGCUGCAGGAUUAAGUGUCACCGCUCGCUAAAGCAAGCUUUGAACUGCAGCUCUUUUUAAUCAAGCUCUGUGUUCAAGUAGGACUUUUUCGUUUCCAUAUGACCUGAAGUGUUCCUCCUGGGGGAAUAUGCAAGUACCUGGAGCUGUAUAAAAACACUUCAUGGCUUUUAAAGUAAAACCCUGCACCUCUCGAGCCUGAGCACCGCCACUGUGUCCUUGCUGAGCUGCUUGGAGAGGAUCUGGGAGGGGGGGCUGUUUAGGAUGAGACAAACAGGCGUUGGCAGCCCUUGUUGGUGAGUUUUAAACAAACCCAAGUGCUCCAGGGAAGCUGAUUGUGGCAUCUUCAGUGCCAAAUGAGCAAGUGAUCUUACAGGUGGCUGGUGCUGGUGUCUCAUUUAAGAAGAGGGACGGGGGCUGUGUAGGUUGGGGGGCACAGGGAUGGGGCAGUUAGCUGGGAGCCACCUGCGAGGCAGCUGGGAGCCGGGCAGAGCCGGAGGCAGGAAUUUAAUGCUGAUGAAAUGAGCCUUUGGGAAGCUGGAGAGGCCACGGGGGCUGUUCCUCUGCACAAGUGCGCAGGUGUGGGUUUAUGGGGGGGGCUGAGCCCUUUCCUAUCACGCUGCCUGCCCUUUACAAGGCACUUGGCUCAGCCUCCAUCCCUUCAAGUGCCCAUUUCCAUCUCUUGCCUUCACGUUUCAUUUGCCAGCCAGAGAAUGGGGCCGUUCUCUUUUAUUUCAUCUCCUCUCAUCCUCCCUUUUUCCCCCCUUGGUCUCCCUCCCUCCCUGCCCCUGUUUCAUACAGGGCAGCCUCCCCCCUGCCUUGCCCUGGGGUGGGAGGGAGGGAGCCCACUCUGGCACCCCCUCUCCUGCAUCUCUUACAUUUAAAGAUGUGCCUUCUCAUCCCUGGCCUGGGUGGCCACCUCUCCUCCUCAGCAUGGCAUGGCAGUGACUUCUAAGGGGCCUUAGCUCUGAGAGCUGCUUGGAACCAGGCUCUGGAUGCAGUGGUGCAGUGAGGGCUCCCAUCCUGACCCCAGCCUCUGCCAUGGUACCUUACCGAGAAGGACUCUGGCCCCCAGGGAGCAUCAGUGCUUUCCUAAAUAAAUAACCACACAUUCCCAGGCACCCGCUGUCCUUGCACAGCAGCAAAACAAAUCUAUCCAAGGAAUUGGGGUGAUUAACGGAAAGAAGCUCUACAGCGGAGAGAACAUUUUUCAUAUAAAACAUGACAUAGCAAUGCCUUAAAAAUUACUGGAGAAAGGGGGAAGGGGACGGCUCGGCGGAGCCAGCGCUGCCUGAGGGUGGGCUGGGGGGAGGCUGGGUGACCCCAGCACGGUGUGGGGCAGGAGCUCUCUCCUCUCACCCAUCACCAAUGAAUCGAUUUUUAUUUGACCGUUUAUUUAUCAGCACUAACAACUCAUUACUACCGAUUCUCACAUGAUGCUUGUCCUGUCUGUAAUUAGUUUUCAAAAAAUGGGAUUAAAAAACAAUAAAAUGCACAUUAUACAUCUGGUUCA